GAUCGAACCCUCGCCAUCUCCGGCGAAGCGAAGGAGAAAGGAAUCAAUGUUGUCCUUUGGCGCAGCAGCACCAUCUUCUUUGAGGCUGUUGGAAAACCCCCGCUUUCCCUGCACCACUCCCCCACCAUCCCCAAAUCUUUCCUUCAACCCAAAGAACCCCCGCUUCUCCUUCUCCUGUUCCUGCUCGUCCUCCUCCUCUCCCUCGUUUUCCCCCCCUUCUGCUCCUCCCUCUCCAUCCGCCCCUCCCGUGACGAAGAAGAGGGUGAGGUACCGCAAGCUCCACCCGGGGGAGAGCGAGGGCAUCGUCGAGGAGAUGAGGUUCGUCGCCAUGAGGCUCCGGAGCACCCCCACCGGUGGCGACGAGAAGGCGGAGGGGGAGGGAGAGCUCGAGCCGGGUGGCGGCAGGGACACCUGGCAGCCGAGCAUGGAGGGAUUCCUCAAGUACUUGGUCGACAGCAAGCUCGUCUUCGACACCGUUGAGCGCAUCGUGGACGAGUCAACCGAUGUCGCCUAUGUUUACUUCAGAAGAACUGGUUUGGAGCGAUCGGCAAGUCUUUCAAAAGAUUUAGAGUGGUUCAGACAACAAGAUCUUGUGAUUCCAGAACCAAGUGCUCCUGGAAUUACUUAUUCUACUUAUCUUAAAGAACUGGCCGAGAGAAGUGCACCAUCCUUCUUAUGCCAUUUGUACAACAUAUAUUUUGCACAUAUCUCAGGUGGCCAAGAAAUAGGUAAAAAGGUUUGUGAGAAGCUUUUGGAAGGAAAGGAACUUGAAUUCUACAAAUGGGAUGGGAAUGUACAAGAAUCAUUGAAAGAUGUGAGGGAGAAUCUGAACGAGCUGGGACAGCAUUGGACCCGGGAUGAAAAGAACAGAUGCCUAAGAGAAGCAGCAAAGUCAUUCCGCUUUUUGGGACAAAUUGUCCGCUUGAUCAUUCUGUAGCAAUUUCUGCAUUCCAUCCUGACCGACUCUUACUGGUUAGAAGAAACCCUAGGCAAAACUAAAGUGCCAGGAAAGAAAUGAUGUAGAACCAAUUUCAUGUGUCUUUUUGACAUCAGACUCACUAUUGAUUGUUUUUGUUGUGUCCAUUAUUUGAAGUCCAUCAGUAAUCAAUUGGUAUCAUAUAUUCUUUCUAACA